AGGGUGGGGCUGGUUGCCAAGGCCUCAGGUGGUAGGCUCUGGAUCCGGAAGCAGGAAGCAACAGCAGGACCUGCAGGACCUAGGUGGGACCUGUCCUGCUGGGUGAGCUCAGAGGCUCCCAGAAGGUGGCACUACAGACGGGCCUGCUGACAUGGAGGAGCUAGAGGCGACGGCUCAGGAAGUGCUGGGGAGACUGAGGAGCCACCAGCUGUUCCAGUCCUCAUGGGACACCGCUGCCUUCAUCAUCUUCCUCACCUUCAUUGGCACUGUGCUGUUCCUGCUGCUGGUGGUCCUUGUCCACUGCUGCUGCAGCUGCUGCUGCUCCCCCAGGCCCCGGAAGGAAGGUGCCAGGAAGGAAAGACCAAAGGGAGUGGACAAUUUGGCCCUGGAACCUUAACCCUCAGAGUCCCCACCAGCUAUUUCCUGUGUGUCCUGCCUGGUGGUACUAACAAUGCCCUGUGUCUGCCCAGA